UGCAACAGAGGCAGAAGCUAUGUGGAAGUUUAUAAUUGUUGGCUUUAUAUGUGGCAUAAAUUAUCAGAUUGUUACAUCUAAUUUAAACGAAGGAAAUUCUUCUACUUUCGAUUACAAAAGCGAAUUCGAAAAGUUUAAAAAUAAUAAUAAUCGUAAAUUUCUUCGCAAUAAUGAUGAAAUACGCAGCUUCAAGGCAUUCGAAGAAAACUACAAACUUAUUGAGGAACAUAACCGACAUUACAAGGAUGGUCAAAAGAGCUUUAGAUUAAAAUCUAAUAAUUUUGCUGAUAUGAAUACAGAUGGUUACUUAAAGGGAUAUUUGCGUCUACUGAAAAGCAAUAUUGAAGACAGCUCGGAUAAUAUUGCUGAAAUAGUUGGAUCUCCAAUGAUGGCCAACAUACCUGAGAGUUUAGAUUGGCGAAGUAAGGGGUUUAUUACUCCUUCAUAUAAUCAACAAUCUUGCGGGUCCUGCUAUGCCUUUUCCAUUGCCGAGAGUAUCGAAGGUCAGGUUUUUAAACGUACCGGAAGGAUAGUGGGUUUGAGUGAGCAACAAAUUGUGGACUGCAGUGUGUCACAUGGAAAUCAGGGAUGUGUAGGCGGAUCCCUGCGAAACACUUUAAUCUAUCUCCAGAGUACCGGAGGCAUAAUGAGAUCAGAUGAUUAUAACUACGUUGCAAAGAAGGGAAAAUGUCAGUUUGUUUCCGACUUAUCUGUGGUAAAUGUAACAUCGUGGGCGAUUCUUCCUGUUCACGAUGAACAAGCAAUUCAAGCAGCAGUUACUCACAUUGGACCGGUAGCCAUAUCUAUUAAUGCUACUCCGAAGACGUUUCAGCUCUAUAGCGACGGUAUCUACGAUGAUGCUUUAUGUUCAUCAGCAUCUGUAAAUCAUGCAAUGUUAGUAAUUGGCUUUGGAAAGGAUUAUUGGAUAUUAAAAAAUUGGUGGGGUGAACGUUGGGGCGAAUCGGGUUUUAUGAGAAUACGAAAAGGAGUCAAUAUGUGCGGAAUUGCCAAUUAUGCUGCAUAUGCUAUAGUAUAAACUAUAUUUUUUAAGUUAUUUGCAAACAUAAAUAUGCUGUACCCAUAUUAAUUCCUACAACAUUAAAUACAACAUUUUCAAAAAAUAUUAAAAAAAAACAAGAAAUUGGACUGAGA